UUUCUUCAGAUUUUGCACUGCAUCCAGGCCCCGUCUGCUACACCAUCUAAUCAAGCCUGAAACCCACCUCGAGCAACCAUGCAGUCUGCCGAUGCCAAGCUCAGCCGAAGCUCCCUGCAGCUGGCCCUGAGGCGCUACAGCACAGCAGUGCACAAUAUGGAGCAGACCAUCCUGCUUCCCAGCCUCCUCAGAGACGUGCCGUACGACAACGAUCCAGACUGUGAGGCCGCCGACCACAGCAUGGACCUGUAUGAGUACUACCUUCUGCUGAAAGCCAUCAAGAACACGGUGGAGAGUGGCCUCAUCGCACAUGACGACGUCAAGGCCAAGAGUCACGCCACCCUGCACAAAGUUCUGGAGCCCCUGCUGGAGGCCGAGCUCGAGGCGCUUUUCCAUUUCCAUCUGCAAGGCCUGUUCACAGUCAUGGCAACGCUCACGAAGAAGUCCCAGAACUUGACGGAGAAAUAUUUGGACAUCGUUGGCAUCAGUCGUUAGGAUUCAGCACAUCUUGUGGAAAAAUCCAUGCUGGGAUAGGCUGUAAUUACCUGGAAAGCUGUUUAUGUCCUUGUCACUCUCUAUGUGACAUGCAAUAAAAAAUAUAAAAAAU